AAAACGAUAGAAUGGGGAGGAACGAAGCGCGUGGGCCCGGAUAGACGAAUGGUAUGGUGUCGAACCCGAGGUCGCCCGAGCACGGUGACGCGCCGAGAUUUGUGCCUGUUUACGCGCCCCAACGGGACUCUCGCGUACCACUUUUCUGCCAGCUGAGCCCAGCACUCGCUGUCGACGACUUCCUCUACCCAUGGCCUCCACCCUCGCCCGCAGUGUCUUUGCCAGGCGCUUCCACGUCUCGGCCUCCCGUCAUGCUCUCUCCAAGUUCGCCAUGCCGGCGAUGUCUCCCACCAUGACGGAGGGUGGUAUCGCAUCGUGGAAGAAGAAGGAGGGUGAGACCUUUGCGGCCGGCGAUGUCCUGCUUGAGAUUGAAACAGACAAGGCUACCAUCGACGUGGAGGCCCAGGAUGACGGCAUCCUCGCAAAAAUCAUCGCCAACGACGGCGAGAAGAACAUCGCCGUGGGCUCUACCAUCGCCAUCCUUGGCGAGGAGGGCGAUGAUAUCUCGGGUGCAGAGCAACUCGCGUCGGAGGCUGCGUCUGAGAAGUCCAAGCCUGCGAAAGAGGAGAAGGCUCCCGAGGCUCCCAAGUCCGAGCCCGCCCCCGAGCCCAAGAAGUCCUCCGAGCCGCCCAAGUCGGAGAGCAAGCCUGAGAUCCCUAAGGGCGACCGCAUCUUCGCUACCCCUCUUGCGAAGAAGAUUGCGCUCGAGCGUGGCAUUCCUCUCGCGAAGGUGAAGGGUUCCGGUCCCGAGGGCAGGAUCCUCAGGGAAGACGUCGAGAAGUACCAGGCUCCCGCCGCCUCCGCGUCUAGCACGCCCUCCACUGCUAUUCCCCAACCCUCCGCCUCACUCCCUGAGUACACGGACAUUCCUGUCUCCAACAUGCGCAAGACCAUUGGCACGCGACUCACGCAGUCCAAGCAAGAGCUGCCCCACUACUACCUCACCGUCGAUAUCAACAUGGACAAGGUACUGAAGCUCCGGGAGGUAUUCAACAAGUCGCUGGGAGAGAAGGACAAGUCCGCGAAGCUCUCUGUCAAUGACUUCGUGUUGAAGGCCGUUGCGCUCGCGCUUGCUGAUGUUCCUGAGGCGAACUCGGCGUGGCUGGGCGACGUCAUUAGGCAAUACAAGAAGGCGGACAUCUCUGUAGCCGUCGCGACACCAACUGGUCUCAUUACUCCCAUUAUCAAGGAUGUUGGCUCCAAGGGCCUGGCUUCUAUCUCUGCGGAGGGUAAGGCGCUCGCGAAGAAGGCCCGCGACGGCAAGCUCCAGCCUCAGGAGUACCAGGGCGGCACCUUCACUGUUUCCAACCUUGGCAUGUUCGGCAUCUCGCACUUUACCGCAAUCAUCAACCCUCCGCAAUCAUGUAUCCUUGCCGUUGGGGGGACGCAACCCACGCUCGUCCCCGCACCAGAGGAGGAGCGCGGCUUCAAGGUCGUGCAGAACAUGAAAGUCACGCUCAGCGCGGACCACCGAACGGUCGACGGCGCCGUCGGCGCGCGGUGGUUGGCGGCUUUCAAGGGUUACCUUGAGAACCCGCUGACGUUCUUGCUUUGAUUGCCUACACCGCUCACCACUCUUCGGGGAGUGGUCGUCGAGGGCAGGGUGUUCGGUGAUGCUGGGCUGGGGUCUCAAAAUCUUGUGUUUGUCGUCGACGUCCAUAGACUUACUUCGUACGCUUUCGCAUAUAGUUACUCACUGGAUGCUGGAAUGACUAGCAACUUGUAAU